AUGAGCGACUUGGAUGCGGAAAGUUUUCGGGAUCCACUGCAGGAUGUAGUGUAUGAAGAACCACCUCUCGGUACCCCGAGCCCCGUGAAGUUCCUCGACGAGGAGUUUCACGAUGCUUGUUCUUUUGCUGAACCAGAAGUAAACGCCACGGAGUGUUCGGACGAGGUUUACGAAGACGCAUGUCACGAUUUAAAUCCCAAAGACGACACUGAGCAUGAUAUUACCCCUGAAGAUCGUGCCCAUACGGAAAGUCUUCUUUCACCAGAAGAGAUAGAGGUAACAAAAUAGCGAUCUCGCGGGAACUUCAUAGGCUAGAAGAGUUGAAGCCAUUGGUUUGAAGGAAGGCGGCAACGAGUCAUACAGAGCAGGGGAUUUUAACUCAGCUUUGGAAGCUUAUACAAAAGCUUUGGAACUCUGUCCGCUACAACUCAAGUGUGAUCGGGCCAAGAUAUACUCCAAUCGUGCUGCAUGUCACUAUCGACUUGUAAGUUUGAUUUUGAAGUCUUGUCAGUUCUUUUAUUCUUACAGACGUCAGAGCGCGAGCAUUCUUUUGUCGUUUCCAUUAAAUCCUUUCUUGUCUGUGAAUUUUUCAAAGCAGGAAUCCACUGAAACAGAUCCGACUUACGGCCUUAUCAGGGACUAAGGUUGUACAUUCACUAUAAUCGUCAUGCCUGUCAAGUCAUAACUCCGGUUUUAAGGCAUCCUUUGAAAUAUUCGCAUUUAAGUACUUCACCCGCCAGUCGUAAUCCCAAGUUCCGGAAGCAGACAGAUCUGGCUCUUGUUGACUUGUAGUCAUAGGACUGAAACGGCUUACCGAAAGAACCCUUAAGAUGGUCUAUUUGACUGAAAGGCGAGUAUGACGGAAAGUCAGUGACUUUUAGUUUUCUUUUUAUGUUCCCAUAUAUUGUCCUAGGCCUCCCCCUUAGAAAGAGAUUAUAUUGACCACUGAGCUCUUUUCUUCACGCGCAGUUGUUAACGGCCCUGAGGACCGAUAUCUUUUAUCUUAGAACUGUCAACCAUCCGAUAAUCACGUCAAAAUUUCAAGACAUCACGAAAUGCGAAUCUUUUGCCAGUAUAUCCGCGCCUUACUCUAACCUCGGCUUGGCUGACUCUUGUUCUGUAUCGUGCACUCAUUUUCAACAUCGAAGAAAAAGUAUAAGGAAACCUUUGUGAAUAUGCCAACGAGACUUGCGUCAGGGUACUUCUCACGCAAUCUACACCUUCGCCACUAUGAUAGAAAAGCGGUUAAUCACACCUAUCAAGUUAUUUCACCUCACCAGACCAUGGCAUCAGAGUGCCCACAAAGACGUGUGGGCCUCAGCCAGACUGUCAUACUCUACGCGUGAACUAGUUUUGUCCUUUCCCAGCCUCGCUGGAGAAGGUAGGGCCAUGCGACACUUCGUAGGUUAGGUAGAGAUGCAACACUACCUUCUAUGAGAAGAGGCGGAGAGGUUUUGACUACUUUUUCUUUGCUUCCUAGCCCCUAUCGGCAUUAAAAUCUCGUCCGGCUCAAUAAUGAGAUCACCACAUGCAUCGGAAAUGGCAAUGAUUAACGCCUCCUGGAGGUCCGAUUGCGACCGUUCUAUUGUCCGCAACCAAUUACUAAUGACCGGAUGUUCUGGCGUAUCCUAUUCAUCCCUGUUGGUUGGAUUCCUUGGACUUAGUGUGGCCUCAACAUUUAAAUUUUUUUCCAACAUCGACUGCGCUGGCAAAACCGCCGUGACAGCUACUGAUUUCGCAGUCACUACUAAUUCUCAGGUUCCCUCUGACAGCCUAAUAUGACGGAUAUUUGUAAAUAAUUAGAGAUCCGGUUUCCACAAUGGUACGAGUACGUACGGAAUAAGCACCCAACUCAAUAUUUCCCUUGGGGGCUUUGCUAGUAUUUUACAGUGCCUAUGAAACCUUCACGAUUUUUAAGGCUUUUUUGUACCAGGUGUUUGUCUGCCAAAUCACCCGCGCCUUAAGAUAUUGGAUUGUUGAUUGAGACGCGUAAACUGGAGAUUGUCGAUCACUGUUUUCAGAGAGAACCAUCUUUAAGGCAAAUCUAGCGACUGCCUCGCGUGGAACAGUCCGAGAUCACUGUAGUGACAACAGAAAAUAUACCGACCUAUCCAGUUAAGACGCCUGAAGUGGUUUUAUUCGCAUUAUUCGCCCGUUCCGUGAGCGCAAUGCCACCGUCCUAGACCAGACGCCGUUGCAUAAUUAAAAGACGACGUCUAGCCGGACAGUAAAGCGCGGUUCGACAGUCUAUCAAGUUUUAGUACUGAAUCUUCACUGCUGAAGGAUUACGCGGAUCGAGCUCACCUGACUUACCACCACGAUUAGUCACACGAGCAAGAGCCACCUACGAGAUGUCGUUCAGUGUCAGUCACCGCUGCAACCCUCAAAAAUGAAGGCUAGAAUGGACAGAUGUAAGCCGGUUUCCCAAACAACCAUCGUCACCCCCUUUUUAUUCGUCAAACUCGAGCUCCCAGGUCUGCUACCAGGGCCUGUUCUUGUGCCCCUUCAAUGAGUUUCAGUACUUUUUUCUGUUCCCGUCAUACUCCUUUUGUCGUUUUGCUGAUUUGAAUUCCGUCUUAUUUACCAUGCCAUUUUUCCUACUGCCUGUCCUCGCCACCAAUUAGAAUUCCCCCGAAGCUGCUCUUCUGGAUUGUGAUGAGGCACUCACACUGGAGCCCGACUACAUGCGCUGUCUCAUUCGUAGGGCCGAACUGAGAGAAUCCUCCGACAGGUUAACAGAGGCCCUCGAGGAUUACCAACACAUUCUCAAGUUGGAUCCCGGAAACGCUAAGGCCCGUGCAGCCUGCGCCGUACGUAUGCCUGCGUAAUGACGCAGCGCUCUUUGAUUCUAAAUAAUUUUGGUAUAUUAGGCACUUAAUGUAACACUGGGCUUCAAGGCAGGGACACAGCUUUUUCGGAACUAAUACCUCUAAGAUGUGCCUUCCGUGUUUUGCGCUGCGGGCACAUAAGCGUUGACUUCGGAAUUUAGUCCCUUAUUUCAUCUUUCGCGUCCACUUAAAUGUGAUAAGUCGAACGGAAUCAGCGUUGUGGUUUUACCUCUUCCCAGUUUCAUUUUUUAUAGGAGUAAACCAGUUGUUGAUUACUUGAGUUUUCUUCACAUAGCCAUGUGUAAAUGCGAAAGCUGUUUUUACGACGAAAGCAAUUCAAUCAAUAUGCGAAGUAGAGUAUUCGCUUGAUGUUGCGAACGCGUACUCGGUUGCGUCAUCGGUAAAAGUAAACGACCCUUGGACCAGAAUCAAUUUUCUACAUUUUGGCUUGUGUUAACCUUCUACACCCUGGCCGCCAGGCCCCAACAUAAGGGGACACUUCUACCCAAAACUGUGGGAAGUCGUCAACGAACUUCCCAACCAUAAUCUCGAGUCUUGCCUGUCAGUUUUUUCGUUUGUUUCUGGCGUCUUUUACAGUCUAUGGAGACGGUAAACGACUGACCCGGUAUUUUGUUGACGGGUUGGCCUUCAGCCAAAUCUAUACUCCCUAGUUGGCUAAGGGUUGCCUAACUGGAUGUCACGCUUAGUGUAGAAAUUGGAUAUCGAAUCUAGGUCAUUCCUCACAUAAUUUAGGAAGUCCAUCUAUCACUUUUGUCCAGAAAACUCCCCGCGGUGCACUUUGAUGUAAAAAUGCUGCCACAUUAACCAUUAAAUUUAAAACAAACAGCAGAUAUCACCCCUCAGACGGAACUGGAAAUGAAUGAUCGUCAGUAAAGUGCGGAGUCCCUGAUAUAACUGAAAGUGGCAUUGGCUUUACCCAUCGGUAUUUCAUUGACAAGGUAGGUCAAUCUCCGUCCCACAGGAAUGACCCCUCCUGCCAACUUCGUGCACUCGUGGCGAGAUUUGUCAGAGAUACUUGCAGAAGUCAUUUGGUUGAAUUAGUUUUUGUAUGUCUUAAACGCCAGUCGCACUCGAAACCACAUAAGGAAUGCCCGACUACAGUAUUACUAUCCGUGUUACGAGGCCCGUCGGAACCGAUGCGCUCCACAACCCUGGUCCAGUGGUGCGAACGAAUAGUAUAUGAGCUAGACUACGUAAUGGGUUAUGGACUCUUGGUGUUGGAUGCUGGAAUGGGAAUGUUUUUUGACUCUGGUGUCUGAUGUAUGACAGCACAGUCUUUAUCAGUUCGUCGUGGAUCUCAGCCGCUUGUCUGAAGUUCAAAUCCCCGACUCAGACUCUCAGGGCAUAAACACCCGGAGUGCAUUCCCACUUCAUCAUGUGCCACAGCGACCCACGCGACUCCUCCUCUCAGACACGGUGUGACGAUUGCCCUCUUGUAACAAGCGAACCGUGCACUACAUGGAUGGGGACCGAUCAAUGACUGGAUGGCCUACGUUCGGCCGAAGAGCCACUUUACGGAUAUCGCUGUCGUCUUCAUAUACGCACCAACACCAGCUGCCGAACAGCGCGAUAAAGGGACCUUCUACUCGCAGUUGCAAGCGUUAGUUAAAAGACUCACCCGUUGUGCUCUGCUGAUUGUUGCCGGGAACGGGGGUUACCGGACUGGACCUAAUAACUGUUUAAACAGUCACCUUAUCGGCCGUUUUUGACUUGGAUCUUGAUGCGACAGUGGUGAAAGUAUUCUGACAAAAUUAUUUAAUUCACCCACCCACGCCGCAGUGACUGGAUCAGCGGAAGGACCUUGCAGUUGUCUGCCCAGGCGGUUCGAACCAGGUUCCGUAACGAUGAGUCCUUCCGCCAACUCCAGAAGAUUAUGACAGAGCCGACUAGGGAUGACCCUCAGGAAUAUUGGGUUGAAACAACGGUCCUAGUGGAGCAGGUCUCAACCAUUGGCGACACACGGAAAUUAUCAAGUUAUCCACAAAGAUAGCGGUAAGUCCUCUGCACUGAGUGACUGUCUGCGAUGUCAGUGGCGGCUUUAUUGCUGACAACUUGGACAAAGUCAACCGAUGGCCUGAGCACCUCGAGCACCCUCUCAACUUCGAUGCUCAACCCAUUACACUUUAGCCCUCCGCAGCGGAUUUCUCUCCCUAUCCAAUCUAUGCGAUGUCACGCGACCCCUUUCUGAAUUAGAAGUCGUCGACGCACUAAAAAGGCUGCGAAACAGCAAGGCAUCCGGGAGGAUGAUAUUCCUGCUGAAAUGUACAAAUCUUGUGCGGACACUGGCUCCCUGCCUUCAUGAGGUGACUGAGCAGGCGUGGAGGGAUGAGGUCAUUCCUGGUGAUUAGGACACAGGCAUCCUUGUGCCUGCCUUCAGAAGGGAGAUAAGACAAGGUGCGAGAACUACCGCGUUCUAAGCCUCAUCAACAUUGUUGCAAACGUUUUCACUGUUGUCAUUUUCAGGCGACUCCAGACUGUGCGUGACAAAGACGAAGCUGACCAAGCUGAAUUUCAUUUUGGGUGUGGAUGCGUGAACCUGAUAUUCACACGACGGCACAUUCUGGAACCGUCUUGCUUGCUACAAUUUUUGAUGCAUCACAUUGUGUCAUGAAAAUGUAAGGUCGUUACUUCGGCCGGUUUGUCCAUAAACGCUGAGAAGACCUAAUUGUUUUCGGGCUGCAUCCCUGAUCCUCGGGAUUAAUGACUGUCAACUUGACGAAGUAGGCAGUUUCAAAUACCUCAGGGCGAGGCUGCUGUCGGAUGGAUAGAGUUAGGACGACAUUGUCUCUCGAACCGAUGCUGCUCACGGGGUUUUCACAAUCCCUACAAGGUGUCCAUCGGCUGGACGCAACAUCUUUAUCGCAACGAAGAUCCGCGUGUGUCGUGUGUCCGUCCGGUCCGUUCUUCCCUAUGGCUGUAAACGCUGGACUUCACGUGGAAGAUAAACGAAAACUGAAUAUAUUUGACUAUGGCUGCUCAAGUACACCAACUCUGUCGCAAUUGAAACAGUCCGCGCUCACUGUGACAUCGAGAAUAUCCCAGGCAACUUAGGAAGGACGACAAAACUACCCUGGGCACGUUCGUCGUCCGCCUCAUGAGUUCACUGUUGCUAUCCUCGAUCCGGCGCCGUUGUCCAGUCGGAGGCGUCGAAAAGGAGACCAACUCGAAACCUGGCUCAACACAGUUCGCCAAGACGGUUCUUGAACCCUCGGUAUUUGCUCUCCAUCCCUGGAGAGCAGAAUGGGUUGAAUUGUCGAGAUCCGCUGCCGCAGACCGUCGCGUGUGGGGAGGUACAGUCCGUGGCAUCGAAGUCGGCCAGGUCAGCUAUAAUCACAGCUGUGCCAAGAACUCUCAGCUUACCAAGCGGGCUAUCGGCCUGGCCAAUCACUUGCAAAUCCACCGCGCUGUGACCGGUGAACCGGUAUCACGACCCCCAACAUCCAUACCUCGCGUCCGUCUCACCUCUGUACAUUGUCUCAGGUCAUUUGGUCAUCUCGUGGGCCUAUUCAGUCAUACGAUAUCACACAAAUUUUUAGCAAAACAACUUCGUCCAGACCACAUCACGACACCGCACCCUAACUGCACACCCAUACACACACUUUAUUCUACACAUCGGCCUACUCCACAUAAUGCGCAUACGCGACACCACACUUCAUUCCUGCAGCAUACCUGCGGUCAACUUUUCCAUCAUCGUUAUGGCGGGCAAAACCUCGUGUGUAGGAGAAUUCAUAUUGCACAUACAUGGGAGAUAUGUGAUUCGCUGCCGCCUGGUCCAUAAAGUGGGGGUCCAGGUCGUAUGUAGCACACUUACACUGACUGCUCAGCCUGAUCAGUCACUGCGUCUCAAUACGAACUGUUCGACAGGCUCAGAUAAGCAACUUGUGCAUGGGGGAGUGAGACUAUGACACAUCAGCACACCCCCUUAAUGAUGAACCUGACACGCCUGAACAUAUCACACGCUGAGUCGGUGCUCGGAAAGUUGCAAACUGACGUAUAACUCGAUCCUUUUCAGAAUUUAAGAUCAGGCCUCAGCGACUCCUUAAUGUGGCCGUUAUGGCAUUCCCACUUAUGCUAAGUCAAAGCCUCCCUCACUGUAACCCGGUACACGGAGAUUAGCAAUCAGAUCAUGUGUGUGACACGCGUAGAUGGCUUUUUUGACCUCGGCAGCGCCCGCGCCAACUUCUGGUCGUCUUGAAUCUGUCCUGGCAUCGGAACGUGGCGAGUGAAGAAGGAGAUAGUGCGACAAAUGCGCCGAAAGUCUGCCUUGCUACAAGCAGACAGCGCAGUCGGACAGCGGUGGACGUCGUCGUCGUCGUCGUCUGCGACACUCGGACUAUCGCUCCGAGUUACUGUUGACAUGGUGAAUACGCAUUAUUUACCACUGCCAACUCAGGCAGGAGCGUGGGAACUUCGAUAAUACUCUUAAUUUCGAUGGCCGAGCAGUUAUUGUCCCUCUGCGCUAAAGGCAAACAUCCCCUCCAACCGUCAAAGUGUCAACAAUGGGGUACUGCUGCAAGAUUGGGCUCCCUAAAAUAAUGUAUGUUGAUGUCUAGAAAUUCCGUCAGUCACUUGAAUUCUACGUCAAGCACAUCCUCUAGAAUGCACUAGCAGAUUUAGUUUUAUGCUUGAGGGAUGGAUAUAAUUCGGUUAUAAAAAGUUUCAAAUUAUGAGGUUUUUUAAGACCUUGAAAUGCCUUUUCGUAAAACAUCGCGUCUUUGCACUUAUUAAUGUUGCAUGUAAAACUUAUAAUAUGGCUUGAAUCCACUGCUAAAUUUUAUGAACCCCAUAUGGUGUCCUCUUAAUAGCGUAUAGAAAUGUAUGAUUUUCCAUACACGGAAAAUGUACAGCUUGCAGUUUGUAAACCCCGAAUGCAAGUGUAACGACAGGUCGGAUUCAAAAUUAUUCAGGAAUUGGAAAAGUUUUUUCAAAACCGAAUUAUACCCUUCCUUCAGGUAUAAAAUUCAAAAAAGACGUAAUUUUCUACGAAAUGAGUGAAAGAAUGAGUAUUUUUACGCAUGUUUUCCAUGAAAUAUACUUGCAUUUAUAAGGGCAUCGAAAAAAAUCGCACUGCUUAAAUAGUCAUUUUUUGCAGAAUGCGGCCUUUUCAGGCGGCCGGGCAGAAGUUCGUUCAAAGGCCGGCAUCCUGAAGUAACUGAAAUAUCUUGAGAUUAUGGUGCACGGUGAUUAAUAUUGCAACCCUCCUUAAGUAAUCUUUUCGAGUCGAAAACGCAUUUCAGAAUUUCUGUUAACAUUUCAUGAGUUAGCACAUCUACUGUAAGUAAAUUAGACCUAGUGACUGACUUUCGUCAUUAUCGAACUUGGCUCCUGAAUUUAGCGUUUUGUGUGGGAACGACAGCGAAUCAGGCCGGAUUCAUUGUUGGACCUCGGUGCGUUGAAGUAGUUGCCCCAGUGCGUCACAAACCCUGUUCAACUAAAUCUGCUCGUGCAUUCUAGAGGAUGUACUUGACUCGGACGGCGAAGAAUUUGGAGUUGGAUUUUGACCGAAUGACAGCACCGCAUCGACACCGCCAUGUUAAUAUUAUGUUACGGCCAUCCAUAGAGUGUGACUUCUCAGGUGGAAGAGGCUACUAAAUUAUUCAAGCUAUUCGCCACCGUCUACACAGAAUUUUCUUGACAUUUAUCCCUGAGUUGGAAAAGCCUUUCAACUUGAAAACAGCGGCCUGAAGGUCGGCUAAACACGCGUUGACAACUUUUAGCCAUGAACUACGUUGGGAAUAUGGUAAAGCCAUUCUCAUUUGCACUUUUACUACAAAGGGUACUGCUUGUUUGCAGAAUGAUCAUGGUGCAUUUGACUGCAAGCUGCUGUUCACGCAAUCUUGUGGUCAGACGUCCGACCAGCAUACCUAGCACCACAAUGUUAACACAGUAUUCCGCAGAUCACUGCUGAUUAUUUGUUUUCCCGACUUGUGGAUAACACAAAGGUAAUCUGCCUAAAUAGGUGCAUUUAAAGGAGUUUGAGACAACCAUGGCCUUAAUCUUCGCGGCCGUCGUGCUGAGCCAAAUCAAGGCUGCAUCUGUUCAUGGCACGCCUUUGUCGGACUGCGCUGAGUCCUCAGCUAUUGCUGUACAUGCAUAUGGCAUGUGUCGGAGGGCGACGCUUACGCCACGUUAACCGCUGCGCCCAACCACAUCACCAGUCGACUGAACGACUUGGAUAUGUUACUGUUACACGAAAGGGGUAAAAAAGAGGCCGGUCCGGCGCCUAGUCUUCUCCCUUCAAACCAACAAACCCACUUCGAAACUAUCACGACUGGCUAACAGUCAUGGCUUGGAUGGUUGCCAACUAAAGUGAUGUCUCGGUUCCGCUGUAACAUGAGCGUCGGAUUGCCCCUUACUAUGGCCUUCAACGCACUGUCGCCUGUGUGAGAUCCUUUGGAUUGGCUCAAAGAAUUAAAGAACACAAUUUUUCCACCGAAAUUUAUGUAUCUUUUCCUCUUUAAAUAAAAUUCCCUAACCGCCCUGACAUGCAGACUAUGAAGCAAAUGUUUAAAUCCCACCUAUCUUGCCUUCGAACAUAGACUAGAAUCCCCAACGCAGGUAAGAACUACUAUGCGUUUAUUAUUCGACUCGCUUCUCCCUUCUUUUACAGCAGUUGCACUGAUUUUUCACAUUAUUUUUCCCGUCCUUAAUUCUAGCUCCUCCCAGACAAGAUUACCGCGCAACAGGAGAAGCUGAAGCAAGAAAUGCUUGGACAGUUGAAACAACUGGGUAACAUGGUGCUCAAACCGUUUGGUCUUUCCACUGACAAUUUCAAAUUGACUCAAGAUCCCAACACGGGUGGUUAUUCCGUCAAUUUCACACACAAUACUUGA